AUCAGUUUAGAAAAGUCAGCUAUUCAGCUUACCUCAGCCAGCCUUGUGAAAGUAGAUGAACAGCUUAGAACCACAGUUGAUGGUAUUUAUGCUGUUGGUGACUGUGCCGAGAACCCUUACUUUACACAUAUUGGCUUCGAUGAUUUCCGCGUUGCGAUUUCCCAACUUAACGGAUCUGCACAACCAUGUUUUACAAAGAAUCGUCAAGUGCUGUCAGUAUUGUUUACCUCGCAUAAGCUGGCACAUGUGGGUCUUAGGGAGAAGUAUGCAUAG